AUGCCCGACCCCUCUACUCUCCCGCGGGAGAUCUUCCUGCAAAUAAUCUACGAUGCAGUCGGCGGAAAACCCGACCAGUGGAUGUACUGCUACAACAUCCUCCCCGCCGAUCUGUGCCUCAUCAACUGGAACUGGUACCACACGCUAAAUCCGGUACUUUACUCGCGUUUCGAGUUCAAUGGCAGCGGCGACGAUACCAAAGCACUAUGGGGCUUCUUCCGCGCCAUCAUCCUGCGUCCCGAGCUAGCGGGGCAUAUCCGCAUGCUUCGUCUCACAAGUGAGUCUAAGCCCGCGCGUCCGCCGAAGACGGCGGGGUUGUACCGGAGAAGUGCGAAACUCGUCCAGCGGGCUAUUACCCAGGCUGGCCUUGGGCAUGUUGGGGAUGCAGAGGCGGAGCUGAGGCAGGCGGACCAUAGGGCGCUGGUUGCGUUGAUUCUUGCGCAUGCGCCGAAUCUGGCCAUGUUGCAACUUCAUGUUGCGAGGGAGGAUUCGUGGCUCGAUACGAUUUUGGCGCAUGCGAUUGCGAGCCGGGAUAAGGAUCGCAGCGAUACGCCUGAAGCUGUCGCGUUCCAAUCGCUCCGGACCCUCUACUUGGCCAGCGCCGAAACGCCACCGAUCAAUGCGAGGCGCACAUAUCAAAGCCGCGAGGUCUCUUAUCCCGCACGGAUGAACAAACAACGCGCAUUUCUCCGUCUGCCAAAUCUCCAGGAACUUCAAUUGAUCGAUGCGCAGCUAGACGACGACCUCUCCACGCUCGAGCCAGAAGAAAACUCGCUCACGCAGCUUACAAUCGCCUUUCGAUCCCCCGUCGAAAACCUCCAACCAGUCCUAGACUACACGACAAAACUCACCCACCUCUCGCUCUCCCUCAGCAUAACCGGCCGCCAUUACGACCUGCAGAUGCAUCACGAUAUGUGGAACGCGCUCCUCCCGCUCCGCAAUCAACUCGUCUACCUGGACAUCUACUCCCCCGAGAUGAACAAGGACCCAGAAGGGUGCGAGAGCGAGCGAACGCCCCGCACAGAACUCUUCAAGUCCUAUAGCCACCUCUCCUUCUGCUGCCCGCUCCGCCGGUUCCUGAAAAUCCGGCAAUUAAGCAUAACCCCCCUCCUUCUCCUCGGCCACAACUGCCGCCACGAAACGCCCCUGAAGUUCGUCAACCACCUCCCGCCUAACUGUGAGUCCUUUGCGCUGUACGGCGGCGAGCGCUCGUGGAUCCUGUCAUACAUCGAGAAGCUCGCAGAGGAAAUGGCGCUCAUACCCCAUAACAACCCACCCCUGCGUCUAAACUCGAUCGUCGUCGACGCGCCCUGGCCACCGACCUGGUCGGGACGGUUACCCUAUGGCAGCAUGGUUGGGAUUUGUAAGGAGAAGAGGAUUAUGUUUAAUACGGCCGGUCGGGACUUUUUGUUCUAUGGCGGGGAGAAUACGCAUUUUGCGAAGGUUACGCAUAACGCGGCGCUUGGUGCUGCAUCUAGAGAGGAGUGGCUGGUCAGGAGGAAGGCGAGGGAUGUUAUGCCUAGAGGCAUCGAGGUUGAUGGGGAGAAGGGGACGUUGGAUGAAGACUGGGUUUAA